GCCAACCUUACCAUCCAUCACAGAAUUUAUUACCACCGCUGGAAACGACAACAGUUAUCUGCAUAAAUCCAAAUGGCCACGGCAGCGGGAAGUUUUCGCCAUCAGGAUUAUACGGUCGCAUGGAUCUGUGCCCUUCCCUUGGAGAUGGCCGCGGCUGCGGCCAUGCUGGACGAGAGACACUACGAUUUACCCGCGAGGCCGAACGAUGGUAACACAUACAUUCUAGGUCGGAUAUACGGCCAUAAUGUGGCUAUUGCUUGCCUUCCAUCGGGUGUUUACGGUACAACCUCCGCCGCAACAGUGGCUACACAAAUGCAGUCCACUUUCGAAUCGAUACGCUUCGGCCUCAUGAUAGAUAUCGGAGGGGGGGUCCCAACCGGAAAGGUUGAUAUUCGGCUGGGUGAUGUGGUGGUUAGCAAGCCGACAAGGGACUCAGGAGGGGUCAUACAGUACGAUUAUGGGAAAACAGUGACUGGUGGCCGCUUUGAACGGACUGGCGUACUGAAUAAGCCACCACCACCAGUGCUCUUAACAGCGGUCUCGAGACUACAAGCAGAGCAUGAGUUGGGACCAAGCAGAAUUCCUGCUCUUCUUUCAGAGGCGGUAGACAGGAACCCCAGGAUGAGGGAGAAGUUCGCAUAUCGCGGGAGACUCGUAACACGACCUACUCGAGCUAGCCAUGAUCCGGUUAUCCAUUACGGUCUGAUUGCCUCUGGCAACCAAGUGGUGAAGCACGGCCACAGCAGAGAUAAGCUGGCCCGGGAGCUUGACAUCCUCUGCUUUGAAAUGGAGGCGGCUGGCUUGAUGGACAACUUCCCUUGCCUCGUGAUUCGAGGGAUCUGCGACUAUUCCGACUCACAUAAAAACAAGCAGUGGCAAGAAUACGCAGCAGCGGCGGCAGCUGGUUAUGGCAAAGAGCUUCUCUCCGUAGUCCAUGCAAGCCACGUGGUGGACACUCUACCAGCAGGCUCAAUUUCCGACGUGUCCUACUGCAGAGAAAAGCCACCAUCUAUGAAGCUUCCCAAUAGUGAAAUAGUUCGAAAUUAUGGCCAAGAAGGUGCGGGACUACUCGAGCGGAUUUCAAAUUAUGAGCACGAGAGAAUCCAUCAAAGACUCACUAGGAAACGACUGACCGGCACCACACACUGGUUCCUUGAUCACCCGGAUUUCAAAGCGUGGUUCACUGAGAAGAGAGUUUCCAGUUUGUGGUGCUCGGGGAAGAUUGGCUCGGGCAAAACGAUGAUAGCAACCGCAGCGAUAGACGCAGCGAAAUAUGAGCUCGGCUGUCCCACUGUUGCUCAGCAUCUUGUAUGGGACAAUAUUCCGAAAUCAGCCAUCGUUUGUUCUUUCAAAGCUAACACCUUUCUGAAACUCACUCGCAUUGAACCAUGCAACAGGUGCAAAUAUCGGAAAGUUUCUCUUCAAACUCGAGGUGUCCUACGAGAGUUGCCAAAAUAUCAGCCAAGGAAUGUACAAAUCUUGGUGGAUGAAGAAAAGAGGAGGAUCCUAGGAAGAUUUCUACGCCGGUGUGAAGAUAGAUACUACUCAUUGAAUUCACGCCUGGAUCCUCCAACAAUGCUCCACACUGCAGAUAAAGAUGAAGAUGAAGAAAUCUCGAUGAUGUGUCUGUUUACUUUGUGAUGUUUCGGUUUGGUAUGGUUGGG